UCAUUAUCUCUUUAUUUUUAUUAUAAAAAUGCAAUUGCGCAAUAUAUAUAAAUUUCAUUAUAUCUUUUUGACAUAGAGAUGAUCUCAAGUCGCAAUUAAUGUAUUAAUAAUAAUUAAUAAUUGUACUUAAUAAUACAAUAAUAAAUAACAUUAAAUAUUGCCAAUAAGUUUUUAUGACUUUCAUUGUUUACUACGUUCCUGCAAUUGUGCUGCUCCCGCGCACAUUUUCCUUGCUGCUGCCCUGGCGUGUUAGAAAGAGACAAAAAUAGGUUCUCUCUUUUCCUCUACAUCUCCUUUGGUCACGCAUGCGCACUCCAUUCUUGCAUCACGAACAUCAAAGGUACCGACAAGGAGUUGCGCUACUGUAUAUACUGUGGUAAAGUACAGAGAGCGCAGGUGCACGGGACUGGGCGAAGUGCACCACGCGAUGAAAAUCUCUUUUUUUAUUUAUUAUCCUUCUUUAUUUAUUUAUUAUCUCGAAGGAACGAUAAGGACAAUAAGAUUCUCGUAUUUCCGGGAAGGCGCGGGAUUAAAUAUGGCCGCCGCGAUUUCGGAAUUAAUUAAUUAUCGGGCGCACCGUGCUGCACGCUAUCGCGGUGCAUCGUCAUCGACCAAUCAGCACGAGAGCGGGAGGGACGCGGGAAGCGUGGAGGUCUGAAGAUGACCGCGUUUGCCGCUCGCCGGAGAUAGUGAAGUUGGCCACCGGUGGAACGCGCGUACGGGCCAACCGUCAGUGCGCGCGGGUCAGUCGCGCGCGUUGGUUGGUCGUGCGAUUGGUUAGUCACUCGUGAGCGUCGCGUGCGUGCGGCCAUACGUGCCAGAGGAGCAACGCGGAGAAAGAACGCGAGAGAGAGAGAGAGAGAGAUGGCGAGUCACGACGGCGUCGGCGUCGGCGACUUCGUGCUGCUGGACGAAAUCACCGUCGAGCGCGUUGUGGAUAACCUCAAAGCGAGAUUCAACGGAGGGAAGAUUUACACGUACAUCGGCGAAGUGUGCGUGAGCGUGAAUCCCUACAGGACCACCAACAUCUACGAUGCGGAUCAAGUUAACAAGUACAAAGGCAGAGAAUUGUUCGAGAAUCCGCCGCACAUCUUCGCGAUCGCGGACGCGGUGCACAAGGAGAUGAAGCAGCAGGGCAGGGACACCUGCAUCGUGAUAAGCGGCGAGUCGGGCUCCGGUAAAACGGAGGCCAGCAAGAUCAUCAUGAAGUACAUCGCCGCCGUGACCAAUCUGAGCGGUCAGCAGGAAAUCGAGAGAGUGAAGAACAUCCUGCUGCAGUCGAACUCGAUACUGGAGGCGUUCGGCAACGCGAAGACCAACAGGAACGACAACUCGUCGCGGUUCGGCAAGUACAUGGACAUCAACUUUGACUUCAAGGGGGAUCCCGUCGGCGGUCACGUGACUAACUACCUCCUCGAGAAAUCGCGCGUGGUCUAUCAGCAAAAGGGAGAACGCAACUUUCACUGCUUCUACCAGCUGCUGGGCGGCUGCAGCGAGGCCGAAUUGAACAAGCUGCGGCUGGUACGUGACCCGGCCGCGUACUACUUCAUCGGCAACGAGGGCAAGACGACCGGCACCGACCGGACCGAUUACAAAACCGUCUGCACCGCCAUGUCCACCCUGGGAUUCUCCCCGCAGGAGACGCAGACCAUAUGGAGCAUCGUCGCCGGCGUCCUGCACUUGGGUAACACUACCUUCAGAUUGGACAACGACAAGCUGCUCAUCGAGAACAACAGCGCCCUGAAGGACACCGCCAACCUGUUCUCCAUCAGUUCCGCGGACCUGAGCACCGCGCUUUCGCAGAGGGUCAUCGCCGCGGGCGGCGAGGUCAUGCAGAAGACUCAUACCUUGAUAGAGGCCGAGUACGGCCGGGACGCCUUGGCGAAGGCUAUAUACGAGCGACUGUUCUCGUGGAUCGUGUCACGCGUUAACGGCUCGAUCAACGUGAACGACAUCGACAAGGUGAAGAGAUACGGGACGGUGAUCGGCGUGCUGGACAUUUACGGCUUCGAGAUCUUCGACAUGAACAGCUUCGAGCAAUUCUGUAUCAAUUACUGCAACGAGAAGCUGCAGCAGCUCUUCAUCGAGCUGGUGCUGAAGCAGGAGCAGGAGGAAUAUCAGAGGGAGGGAAUAGCCUGGCAGAACAUCGAUUACUUCAACAACCAGAUCAUCUGCGACCUGGUCGAGCAAGCUCACAAGGGGAUAAUAGCGAUCAUGGACGAGGCCUGCCUCAACGUCGGCAAAGUCACUGACGAGAUGCUACUCAGCGCGAUGGACACGAAGCUGGCGGGUCACAAGCACUACACUUCCCGGCAGUUGAAGCCGAUGGACAAGGAGCUGGAGCAUAAGACGCAGUUCAAGAUCAAGCACUAUGCCGGCGAUGUGGUGUACAAUAUCAACGGCUUCCUCGACAAGAACAAGGAUACGCUCUUCCAGGACUUCAAGCGUCUACUUUACAAGAGCAACAAUCCCAUAAUCAGCAAGAUGUGGCCGGAGGGCGCUCAAAAUAUCUUGACGACGACGAAGAGGCCGUUGACCGCCGGCACGUUAUUCCGCAACUCCAUGAUCGCGCUGGUGAAGAAUCUGACGAGCAAGGAGCCGUUCUACGUCCGGUGCAUCAAGCCCAACGAGGUCAAGUCGCCGGUCGUGUUCGACGACGAGCGGGUGAACCAUCAGGUGAGAUACCUGGGACUCAUGGAGAACAUACUGGUGAGACGGGCCGGCUUCGUCUACAGGCAGCGAUACGACAGAUUUCUGAAAAGGUACAAGAUGAUCUCGCAGUACACGUGGCCGAACUUCCGAGGCGGCAGCGACAAGGACGGGGUGCGCACGCUGAUGGACGAGAAAGGCUUCUCGCACGACGUCAAGUACGGGCAGACGAAGAUAUUCAUCCGCUCGCCGCAGACCUUGUUCGCGUUGGAGAAGGCCCGCAGCGAGCUGAUACCGGGCAUCGUGAUCCUUCUGCAGAAGCAGUGGCGGGGCUACCUCUGCCGUCGGCAGUACAAGAAGAUGAAGGCCGCGCUGGUGCUGAUGGAGCACUACAAGAGGUACAAGCGACGCGUCAACAUCAAGGAGCUCGAGCGGACGUUCCGAAACGCCAAGAAGAUGAAGGACUACGGCAGGCACCUGACGUGGCCGCGCGAGAACUUCGCCAUGAGAGACGUGAUGCCCGCCCUGAGGAACAUGUACGCGAGAUGGUGGGCGUGGAUGGUGCUCAGAGUGAUUCCCCGAGAAGACUGGCCGCAGCUCAGACUGAAGAUGGCGGCGGGUGCCGCACUGCACUCGAAGCGAGCUUACUGGGGCCAGGACCGCCGCUGGGAGGGAAACUACCUGUCGAAGCCGGACGAGAACCCGCAGAGCGACGUCUUCAACUCGUCGAUAAACAAUCUUCGAAACACCGACCACUUCAAGGCUGUCUUGUUCAGCGCGUUUAUCAAGAAGACUAAUAGGUUUAACAAGCCGGCCGAUCGCGUUCUAGUGGUGACGGAACACGCGGUGUACAAGCUGGACGACGUGAAGUUUAAGACGAUGAAGAAGGGCAUGCCGAUCGCGGAGAUUACCGGCCUCAGCGUCUCGCCGCAGAGGGAUCAGCUGAUCACGAUUCACUCGAACCGCGGGAACGACUUCAUCCUGUCGAUCACUGCCAAGGAUGAUAGGAUCGGCGAGCUGGUCGGCAUACUGAGCAACCGAUACUACCAACUGCGCGGCACCGACCUGCACGUCACGGUAAACGUGCAGUUCAAGUGCAUGCUGGGCAACAAGAGCAGGCUGCUGCGUAUCGCGGUGAUGCCGGACGUGCUCGAGCCGACGUUCAGGAAGGACGGCAACCAGAUCAUCUACGCCAUACCGUCCUCGGUGGGGAUCAUCGACGGCGACGCGAACGCGAGGCAGCAGAUCCGCACGGCCAGUUAGAAAGUCCGACGAGUCCGAUUCGAGGCUGCGAUUACCGUAACUACCGCGUGUCAGACGCGUUUCUUCAUAUUGUCGCCUGGGAAGCCAUUCAGCGAUCCAACGAGAGCUCCAGUCGCGUCCAGUCCUUGGAGGAGCUCCGUUCAUUUCUCCUCAAUAUUAUCCAGCUGAUCUAUCAGUCAGCGGCUUUAGCUUGAUCGAGAGGAGCUAUUUGUAGCAUUUUUAAUAUUCAGAUGUCCGAAAUAUUUUCCGAAGACUAUUUGCCGAAACUCGAUGACUGCGAUUCAUCGAACCGCUGUGCCUGCAUAAAUCUACUUACAUCGGGAGUACACAAAGAGUGUCAAGAAUUUUUCGCAGUACAAGUUAAGCAAAUUACGUCAUACAUGGACCGCGAGGUCCGACCCACUUCGUCGAGUACUUUCGCGCACGCAUUUCUCUGUAAAUACUAUACAUAUAUAUAUAUAUAUAUGAGCGUUAAUUGUUAGCUUACGUUAAUGUAAUAUGGCGCGGGGAGACGUGACGAGACGCGAAUCCACGAACAGGGGUGAGUUUCGCUGGAACGAUAAGCGCGCGUGGUGCAUAAUUUAUAUUUAGAUAAGAGGAAAAUUGGGGGGAAAAAAUCGAGAAACCGUGAUUUCUCUGCGAGAAAAGCCGCCACUCACGUUGCAAGAUACAUUUGUGUCACCGACUCCGAACGUGCCCGCAAGCUUGUGGCCUUCUACUUACCAGAUCGGACUAUUUUUCGAGAUCUUUAUAUACAGUAAUACUUACACACGAUGUACAAAACACACGUACGUAAUCAAGCAUUUUUUACAGCACGCUGUGUGUCUGCUGAUCAGAAAAAGUGAGGUAGUAGGGAAAGCGAAAGCCUUUCCAACGGGAGAUCUUCCCACGUACUUAGAUUAUUAAGAGGGAUUCCGCGCGGAUUUCUCCACUUGUAAUUAGGAUUUAAUCGAAGUGUAUCAAUUCGAUGCGAAGGAUAUUACGUAUUUCGCCGUGAAUUCGACGCCCCUCGUGCAUUUAUAAAAUGUCGGAAUCGCGGGUAAGAUAUAUUCAGCUCUUUUGAGUUUAUAUAAUAUAUACAAUAUAUAUAUACGUGUAUUUAUAUAUAUAUAUAUAUAUAUAUAUUAAAAAAAAGGAACGACGAAUUAUAUUGUUUCUAAUUGCGAUCAGCGAUCGAAGCGCUUUAGAACAUGUUGAGGAUAUUGUGCCAUUGUUAGAAAAUAAAGCGAAAUUUUUAUCUUGCA